AUGCUAUUAUCUCGUCAACUGUUGGAAUCAAAUACAGGUUUGAAUCGAUUUCUGCACAGAGGAGGUCGCCCAACGGCAGUGCACCCAACCGAGCGUUCUGCGGAGCCAGAUGGCGACGCAGAUGACGGCGACAACUACUUAGGACGUAGAGCCAAAGGCUACCGUAGGGAAAUAGCUACGGACUCCUCGGACGAAGAGGAUGGCUCGAGCACACAUGGUCGCACACAUGGUCGUCAUCACGCAGGCUCCCACUCUGGUCAUUCCUCAGGUCGUCAGUCGCGAUCCGAUGGCCACUAUAGAGAGCGAAUCGCAUUUCAGAGAGCGGCGACCGCUGCGAAGUUUGUGAGAGCAAGGAAUCAACUGAAACUCGAAUUGAGCCAGAUUGAGCAGUUUGCCUUGCCGGCUCGCUAUGUCUUACCGAGCACUCCUGCGAUGGAUGCUGGGACUUCACCUGACACUACUCUUGUAAGUCGUGAUAGUGCUGUGAUGACACCUCAGAAGAGAAAGGAGCCGUCGGAAUCUAGGCCGUUAUGGAAGAGAGCCACAACGUUAUCGGGGAUCGCAUACGGGAACUCAAACCAACUGUCAGACCGCUUUGAAGCUGCCGUGCCCAGAAUCGAUGUGGCUCCGGAGGCGGUGGGUCUGAUUCCCAGAAAGCAGCAGCCGCCCCGCACGCUGCGGACUAGUGGGCAAGAGACUGGUGGUGAAGAGACUAGGGGUCAAGAGCUUAAAGGUCCAGCGGCAGGGGUAGGUAGUAUGCCUAGCCCGGCGACGAGUGCUGCAGAGACGGGUGUGGCAGAGACGAGUGUCGAUCAUGCGCCUGUGUCCGUGUGCAGCUACUUCACUCCUGCUGCAGCGUGGAAGGAUGUUCUCGGGGUUGAGGUGUUCGUUCCUACAAGCGCUGAUAAAGCUGCAUUGUGGCCGACUUACUUCCACGACCUCCUCCAGCGAUGCCCCAAUCAUCCUCUCAAAGCGACGGUUACCAAGCUGUCACGAAGCCAUCUGCCACCGUCAACCAGGGAAAACACCACCAGUACCCUCCUCACCUCGUCGGGUGACAUGACCCCAAGUGUGAUGGGGCAAGGCGUGAUGAGGCGAGAAGAACUGCUACACGCACUCUUCGGUUAA